AUGUCUCAUAACCCUACGUCCAUAUUUUUGUUUACUGUUCAAGGCUUGUUGGCUUCCUUGACAUGCGGACUUUGUUGUUAUCUUUAUUCCUAUUGUUAUAAUGGUAGAUUUUUUAAGAAUGGGAGAGGAUCUAAUAGAAACAAUAACAAGAGAAGCUUUUCAAGCGUUGAAGGAGAUUUUCCUAAUUGUAAAAAAUGUAAGAAGAGACAUAUAAAUCGUGAAUGCAGUAAUAAUAAAGAAGAAAAUAAAUUUUUAAUAAAAGAAGGUGUAUAUAAAACAUAUGAUACAUAUAAAACACAUGAUACAUAUAAAACACAUGAUACAUAUAAAACACAUGAUACAUAUAAAACAUAUGAUACAUAUGAUGGAUAUAUUUUACCUAACGAUGUAACAAAAUAUGACUCGAAUUAUUUAGAGAACCUUUUAAAAGAAAAUAAUACAGUUUCUUUAAUAUCCAAAAGAAGAGAACAAAUAAUAAGAGAUAUCAUCAAUGAUUAUAAAAAUAUUACUACUACAUAUAAUCUAAAUAUUCAAGGAGAUAAUAAUAUAUAUAAUUAUUAUAAUAAAUAUGUACUACCAUAUUUCUUGAAUAAUAAUGAAAAUGAUAUAUAUGAUGAAGAGAAUUGUAAAGUUUUAAAUCCCUAUGAAAAAAUUGAUAAACAUUUUGAUGAAAAAUUAAAAGAAUUCAAAUACAAAAUGAUUCAGGAACAAAUUGAUAAUUAUUUUCAUGAUGUACAUGAAAAAGAUCAUAAUAAUGUUAAUUCCUCAAAUUGGGUUGUAGAAAGAAAUUUAUUACUUAAGAAUAAUAAUAAUAAUAAUAAUAAUAAUGAUAAUAAUAAUAUUAGUGUAUAUCAUAAAGAAAGUACACCAUAUAAAAAUAAUAACAAUUUACAUUAUCAAGUAAAUGCACCACGUGACGAAGGAUAUAAACAUAAUAAUAAUUAUUAUAAUAAUAUAAUUAAUGAGAAUAUGUAUUUUAAACAAAAAGAUGACAAAAAUAUUGUGGUAAUACAAAAUAUGAAAAACAACCAUCAUAAUUAUUCCGAUAAUGAUAUUUCAACCCAUGAAAAGAACUAUAAUCUUAUACAUGAACAAACAAACAAAAAUAGCCAAGAAAAUAAAUCUUUAGAUGAAAAUAAGAAAAAUGACCUACAUCCUUCAAAUGUUCAUAAAGAUAAAUGCAACAUUAAAAAUGAUGUAUCAGAUCCAUCAAAUGAAAAAAAUUUUGUUUUGAUUAGGAGUAAUGAAAAGGAGCAAAUUAAUAAUAAUAUCAUAAAAGAAGAUAUUAUUAAGGAGGAUGUAAAAGAAGACAUUAUUAAGGAGGACGUAAAAGAAGACAUUAUUAAGGAGGACGUAAAAGAAGAUAUUAUUAAGGAGGAUGUAAAAGAAGACAUUAUUAAGGAGGAUGUAAAAGAAGACAUUAUUAAGGAGGAUGUAAAAGAAGAUAUUAUUAAGGAGGAUGUAAAAGAAGAUAUUAUUAAGGAGGAUGUAAAAGAAGAUAUUAUUAAGGAGGAUGUAAAAGAAGAUAUUAUUAAGGAGGAUAUAAAAAAAGAUAUUAUUAAGGAGGAUAUAAAAAAAGAUAUUAUUAAGGAGGAUAUAAAAGAAGAUAUUAUUAAGGAGGAUGUAAAAGAAGAUAUUAUUAAGGAGGAUGUAAAAGAAGAUAUUAUUAAGGAGGAUGUAAAAGAAGAUAUAAUCAAUAGGAAUAUUUCUAUUGAAAUAAAUAAUUCAUACAUUUUAAAUGAAAAUAUUGAUAAAAUUAAGACAUCGAAGGACGUCCCACAUGAAGAAAGACCUAGAACGGUACUUAAGCAAAUACCAGUAAAUAUAUCAUGUUCGCCCAUUAAUAGUAUUGAAAAAGAGAAAUACAAUAAUGAUGAUUCUUUGAAAAGUAUAUUAAGUUGUUCUGUUAAUAAUAACAACAUCAAAAAAAAAGCAACCCUUAAAUUAUCAGAACCGAGUGAAGAAGUAAAUAUGAAUAAACAAAAAAAAGAAAAUGAAACAGAAAAAAUAAAUGGCAAUAAAAUUGAGUGUGAAAGUAAAAAUAAAAUUGAUUGUGAAAGUAAAAAUAAAAGUGAGAAUGAAAGUAAAAAUAAAAUUGAUUGUGAAAGUAAAAAUAAAAGUGAGAAUGAAAGCAAAAACAAAAUUGAGAAUGAAAGCAAAAACAAAAUUGAGAAUGAAAGCAAAAACAAAAUUGAUUGUGAACAAAUUGAUGAUAAUAAUAGUAAUAACAAUUUUAAUAGCAAUAAUAAUGUAGUAUUACCUAAUAAUUCUUAUUUAUCAAUAAAUGAGGGCAAAAACAAAAUAAAUAAUAAUUAUUUAUUAAAUAAUAAAUUAUGUAUUCCCAUAGAUGAUGAAUAUAUAAAAAAGAUACGACAUGAACAAACAGAUACUUUUCUACAAAAACUUAUUAUGGAAUAUUAUGAUGAAAGAAAAAGAAGAACAUUUUUUGAUGACACAGACAAGGGAAAUAUAUAUUACGUAAAUGAUUAUGAAGAAUAUAGAGAAGAAUUUGAAUCAAAUAGAACAAAUAUCGGAGAUUUACAAAACUUUGAUAAAUUCAUAUUACCAAAUCAAUGUAUUUUUUCUAGUAAUGAAACAAACAAUAAUGAAAAUAAAUAUAAUGAUAUAAAACCAAGUAACACAAAAAAGAAUGAUCAACCAAACAAAAAUGUAAAUAAGCACAAUAAUAAUAAUAAUAAUAAUAACAAACUUAUCCAUAUUACAACCAUAGAAAAUAAUAAUAAUAAUAAUAUUAAUAAUAAUGUAACCUUAAAAGAAAGUCAACAUAUUAAUAUUUCAAAAGAUUCAAUGCAUAUAAAUAAUCAGAACAACAUAAAACAUACAGUAGAAUGUGAUGAAGAUAACUUUUUAUCUUAUAAAAAUAAAAUAAAGAAUGACAUAUUACAAGAGCUGGUAAACAAAAGUUGUAAUUCUAAAAGUGUAAAUGAUAUAUAUAAUAAUAAAGAAAAUAAAAUUGGACUUAACCAUUCGCAUUUGAAACAUUGUGAGGUAAAUAUUAGCAAUAAUAUGAGAGAAUAUAAUCAAUCAAGAAGCAUGGAACAUGUAAAUGUCCUUCUUCAUAUGAAUAAUAACAAUGACAAAGAUAAAAGUAAUAAUGAAAGAAAUAAUAAUUUGUGUAAUUUAAAAAAUAUAAGUAGUCUUAAUGUGAAUACUAUGAAUAAUAUGAUCAACAAUAAUAAUAAUAAUAAUAUAAAUUUUAAUAGUGCAAACAAGUAUUACAAUUUGAAUAAUAUUAACGGCGAAUUCAGUUUAAAUGAUGAUAGAACGAAUAAAGGCAAUAUUCCUUUUGAUAUGAAUCUAACAAAUGACAGCAGCAAAAACAAUAAUAAUAACAAUAAUAAUAACAAUAAUAACAAUAAUAACAAUAAUAACAAUAAUAACAAUAAUAAUAAUAACAAUAACAAUAACAAUAAUAAUAAUAAUAAUAAUAAUAAUAAUAAUAAUAUUAUGGAUACAAGUUUAAAAUCCAUGAGGGCUGUAUCCUUAUCAUCUUUGCAAAAAUUAAUUCUAGAACAUAACAAAAUAUUAAGAGAAAAGCAUAAUAAUAAAAUAACACAAAUAGGAAAUCAGGAUAAUUGCAUGUUCAAAAUAAGUGAAUCAGCUGAAUCUGAAAAUGAAAAUAAUGAACAUAAUAAUAAUAAUAAUAAUAAUAAUUUAAAUAUUAUUCAUUCUAUUAAUAAUACAAACAAUAUGCAUUUCCCUAAUAAUAAAGUGAAUACCUUUGUUUCUAACAAAACGAAUGUGAAUAUGAAUAAUAUAACAAAUAUCAAUAUGAAUAAUGUAAUAAAUAGUAUCUUGAAUAAUGCAGCAAAUAAUAAUAUGAACAAUACAAAUAAUUUAAUGAAUAAUGCACCCACAAAUGUUAUGAACAAUACAAAUAAUUUAUUGAAUAAUGCACCCACAAAUGUUAUGAACAAUACAAAUAAUUUAAUGAAUAAUGCACCCACAAAUGUUAUGAACAAUACAAAUAAUUUAAUGAAUAAUGCACCCACAAAUGGUAGGAACAAUACAAAUAAUUUAAUGAAUAAUGCACCCACAAAUGUUAUGAACAAUACAAAUAAUUUAAUGAAUAAUGCACCCACAAAUGUUAGGAACAAUACAUCAAAUAAUUUAAUGAAUAAUGCACCCACAAAUGUUAGGAACAAUAUAUCAAAUAAUAAUAUGAAUAAUGCACCUACUAAUGUUAGGAACAAUACAUCAAAUAAUUUAUUGAAUAAUUCAGCAAAUAAUUUAUUGAAUAAUGCAGUUAUCCAAUUGAUAAAUAAUGGGACGAACCAUAUGAUAAAUAACGGAAGCAACCAUAUGAUGAAUAACAUACUGAACAGUCUUAUUAAUAAUAACAAUAUGAUGAUGAUGAAUAUUCCUGCAGAUGUAGAUAAAAAUUCAAACGUUUUCAAGAAUAUAGAAAAGGAAGAACCUGUAUUACAAAAUUUGUCAGGUAUACAGAAGUUGUUAUUACAUAAAGGUUCCAAUCCAUAUAUGUUUAAUAAUUUACGUAUUUCAAAUAAUUUAAAUAAUGAUAAGAAUUCAAAUGUAAAUUCAUUCAUAAAAAUGAAUAAUGUUGGUGAAAACAUUAGCACAUGUCAACACAAUAACAAUAAUUAUAUGGUUAACAUAACAAGCAAACCACGUUAUAAUUGUACGCAUUGUAUAAACAAAUAUAAUGUACCUAAAGAUUAUGAAGAAAACAAAGAUAUAAAUAAAAAAAGUAACGUAAUAAAAAAGGUAGAUAAGGAGAAAUGUUAUACUAUUGAUGAGCAAUAUAGUGGACCUUAUAAUAAUUGUGAAAAGGUUAAUGAUAUGAAGCAUGGAAGAGGGAAUAGCAGUGGUAGUAAUACAAACAACAAUAAGGAUAAUAAGGAUAAUAAGAAUAAUUAUGAUAAUAAGAAUAAUUAUGUUAAUUAUGAUAAUAGUAAUAAUAGUAAUAAUAAUUACAUUAAUUACCAUAAUAACAAUAUUAAUGAUUAUGCAAAUCAUCAUUUUAACAAACAACACGUAAAUACAAUUCGAGAAGGUAUUGAUACCUAUAUUUUAAUAGACGAUGAUAAUGAUACAGAUAUUUCUACAGACAAAGGAAAUUACCCUUUAAAUCCUAAUAAUAAAAAAAUGAACCUAAAAUGUAAUUUAAAUAAAUUACCUAAUAUCACAAAUAAUGAAGAAAACAAAAAUGAAAAGAAUAUAUCAAGAACCAAAUAUCUAUGUUUGGAUUUAAAAAGAAAUUCUAGAGAAAAUAUUCAUCACAUGAACAAUGAAAAAAAUGAAAUAAAUUUAGAAACGAUCAAUGAUUAUCAUCAACAUAAACAAAUUAAGGAUAUUAUAUCUACAUAUAUUCAUACGUCGAAAAUGCAAUAUGAAACAAAGAAAGGGAAAGAUAUUUCUAAUAAUAAUUAUAUGAAUGUACAGAAAAUACAAACAACUCAUGGAAACUAUCCUGAUAAAAUAGGGAACAUAAAUAUACAAGAAAAUUAUAGAAAUGUAGUUCAAAAUAGAAACAUGAACAAUAAUUCAAGCCUUGCUGAAAAUGUAGGACGUAUAUUAACACGAUCUAGCAGUCAACAGAAGGACACACAUACCUUAGAAAAAGAAAUAGGAAAUGUACAAAAUGACAAUUCAAUUUAUUAUAAUAACACAGUAAAUAGAUGGAAUGAUGAAGUAGUAUUUAUUUCUACCAAUGAAAGUGAAGAUAAAAAUGAUUCAGCAAAUUCAAUAAGAAAAGAAAACAAAAAUGGUACCUUGUUAUAUGCUAAAGAAAAAGAAGAGGAAAAUAAUACGGAGACUCAAAAUGUUAGAAGAAGUGUUAGAUUGCACAACAAGAAAGUAAAAAAUGAAACAAACAAUAGACAAAUUGAAAAAAAAAAUAACAUAACAAAUAAUAAUAAUAGACCAAAAAAUAAUAGAUCAAAUAAUAAUAAAUCAAAUAAUACUAUAUCGUAUAAUACUAGAGCAAAUAAUAACAGGAUAAUUGAUAACCAAUCUGUUGUGAAAGAAUCUGUUACGAACGAAUCUAUUACGAAAGAAUCUAUUACGAACGAAUCUAUUACGAAAGAAUCUAUUACGAAAGAAUCUAUUACGAAAGAAUCUAUUAUGAACGAAUCUAUUACGAGUGAACAAAGUAAUAAGUCCAUUGAAAAAAAUUCAUUUGAAAAAAGCUAUUCUGUUGAAGUGGUUUCAUUAAAUGAUAGUACCGAUAUAAAUGAAAACCCUAGAAAUUUACAAAAUAAAAAUACGCCAUUAAAAAAUGUAAAAAUGUUUGAAAAGAAGAAGGUGUCAGAAACACCCGCAAUGGAAUUAAGGCUUUCAAAAAAACAUAGUCUUUUAAAAAAGAGAGAGAACUUAGAAAUGCUACAUCAGAAAUGUAAUGAACUUGAUGAAAAUAAAUGUGCAUCAGGAUUUGUAAAUUAUAUAUUACAAAAUAUUCAGAAAAGAGAUGGUAAAGAAACAUUUGAUGAUUUAUUAAAUUAUAUAUUAAAAUUAAAAGAAAUAUAUAAUAUGUCAACAAUGGAUUUUAUAGGCGCCUUCUUGAUAUUAGAGUCAUUCAAUUUAAAUAUUAUAAAUGAAUAUCCAUUACGUGAAUGGAUACUAGUUACAUUUCAUUAUAUAAAAGGAAUGAUCACCUUACAGAAUAUUAAAUUUAUAAUUAAAUCAUUAGAUUUAAAUCAUUUAAUUAUUAGUAAUAUAACAGCUGCAUUUUAUAUGAAUAUUAAACCUAUUAAAGUAGAUGAAGAAAAUAUAGAGCGUGUACUUAACCUCUUGUCAGAAGUUGUCAUAAGGAGAUCUUCUCGAUUUAAGCUUCUUAAAACAGAUACUGAAAAGCAAGAUCAGAAGGAUGAAAAAUUAGGAUCCUGCUGGCAACCAGUUCACAUAAUAAAAGAUUCAUAA